AUGACCAUCCGCUUUGGUCUUGUUCCUACUAUAGUCGCUUCUUCUCCUCAAGCUGCAGAACAAUUCCUGAAAAACCAUGACCUGAUUUUUGCUAGUAGACCAUAUCAUGCAGCUUGUCAUUAUAUUUUUUAUAAUCAAAGAAAUCUGAUCAUGGCCAAGUACGGUCCAUAUUGGAGAAACAUGCGUAAAUUAUGUACUCUACAAUUGCUAAGCAGUGUCAAGAUCAAUUCAUUUCAGCCUAUGAGGAAACAAGAGCUUGAAAUUCUGGUGAAUUUUCUCAAAAAGGCAGCAGUGAAUCAAGAUGAAGUUGAUCUUAGUGCUAAAGUUGCAUAUCUUAGCGCCAACAUGGCUUGUCUUAUGGUAUUUGGGAAAAAGUAUAAUAUCAAUGAGGAUAAUAAGGGUUUCAAAGGUGUGAUUCAAGAGACAUCGCAUAUAGCAGCAACGCCAAAUCUUGCUGAAUUAUUUCCUUUUCUUCGUUUUCUUGAUCUCCAGGGAUUGGCGCGUCGAAUGAAACAAGUAGCUAAGAGUUGUGAUGAGUUUUUGGAGAAUGUUAUUGACGAACAUGUUCGUUUAUCCACUGAUAAGAAGAAACAAACUAGUGAUAUAUAUAAUUGUGCAGGCUGA